AUGAUUGAUGAUCCAUUGGGAGUAGAUGACCAAGCUGUUGUUGUUGCUAUUGCUGCUGCAGCUGUGAUGACACUGGUUGUUGCUUUUGCUGCUGCUGCUGUUACGACAACACCAGUUGUUGCUGCUGCAGCUAUGACGACGCCAGUUGCUGCUGCUGUUGCUGCUGCUGCAGCUGUGACGACACCACUUGUUGCUGCAAGAGCAGCACUUGGGCUUGCCCCAAAGAUCCCAAGACUGAUACUGAAGCCUCCGCGUGCACCAGCCUCAUCAGUGAUCAGUUCUGUACAGGCUCAGCCUACUCACCUGCUCACACUGGCAGCAUCCAAAGACACGCCAAAAAAUGCCACCCUGUUCUCCAUGCUUGCAGGGUAUACCAAGGAGCCAGCACUAGUGCCCUCAUGGACGAUAGCCCAUGAUGACCAGUCCCAUGUAGCUCCGCUCAUGCUGGCACUACCAAAGAUCAAGACCAUGCCACUGACUGUUGUCAGGGCCGAUCCCGCUGCACACACCGCCCCGCCAGAGGGAUCCAUAGCCUCUAACAAUAUGGAGUUAAACAAUGCCAUUGCAAGGAACAACGAGGUAGAGGAGAGGUUAGAUGAGAUGGGGCAGGAGAUGGCCAACAUGAAGGCAGAGGUUAAUGCUUUGAAGGCAGAGACAAGAGAGAGGUCAGCAGGGCGAGAUGGCAGUGAUACAGGGCAGAGGCGGAAUAACAUUCUGUCGUCCUUCUGGAUCUGCUCCCUAUUGAUGAAGCAGGAGUACUGUGCCAAUGAAGCAGGGUGGGCAAAAAAUGUGGUGGCUGGGGUGCAAAUGGAUGGUGCACAUUGGAAUCCAAGUAUGAAUCAAACCAAAUUAGCAGAACUCAUGAUGCCUAUGAUCCUAGCUGUAAUUCACAUCACCUUCUCAAGCUGGGUCAAGGCCUACAAGAAGUCAAAGAAGCCCAUUGUCGAUCAGUCCAUCGUAAGGCAGAAGCAGCAGUGCAAUGGCCAUAAAACACAGUCCACAGAUGAAUUGGAGGAGGAAACACUCACUGGUGCAGGAGGGAAUGGUGGACUGGAUCCGCAGACUAACAAUGAAGGGCCCAUCAGUCACAAUGCACAGAUAGGGGUUUCUAAACUUGGGAAGCAGAAGCCUGUGUCACAUAAGCCUUACCUAAUGCAUGCUCCAAUGGACCAUGUGGCUCAGAUACAAUUUUACUCAAUAGUGUAUUAUGAGAUAUCUCAUGUGUCAUCCCCUCGGCAGGAGUAUGGAGCACCGAGGGAGAAAGGUUUACCUGUCAGCAAGAAAAUCACAAAGCCCAAAAUUCCUCACUUUGAGAGUGCUCUGUUGGAGGAACGGGAAGGGCACUUUGGAGAAGAUGAUGAUUUGUAUGGAAAUGAGGUUCCAGACAAGAUGGCAGAACCUUGGGAUGAGGAAAUGUGGAGGGCCCGCACGUACUUGGAGGGUAAAAUGUAA